AUGAUAUUACCUGAAGCAGAGAAAAAAGACUGGAAUUACCUUUAUUUUUCUAAAUGGCUGGCUGAUGUGUUGAGUGUCUUGCGAGCCAAUAAUGAACUUGGCACCGAAGCUUUUGCACUGCUGAAAAUAGCAUCCUCAAACAGAACAUUUAUCUCCAGUGCUCUACUCAAUCACGCUUUGAAUCAACCGAAAGAGGAACUUAAAACACACUUCACGACGAGAGAAGGAACGUACAAGUUGAUGACCAUGGCGGAAUAUUCCCGCCCCAACAGGGUUCCGAUGAAUCAGAUGCAACCAGGUGCUGCAAAUGUUGCUGGUGCACCUGUAAGGGUUUCCUUUCUUUCACUGAAUUCUGGCAACAAAACUCCCUCUUCUAGGGCAGAGGAGCAAGAUUUCUUGGACGCUGAUGAAAAUUACCGUGAGGAAUUGGCUACUGCAGAUCGUAUCUGCUUUAACGUGGGCAGAGAAUUAUAUGUCUAUUUGUACAAAGGUAUCCAUACGGCAGCAGAUUUAAGCAAGCCAAUUGACAAACGUGUUUACAAGGGCACUUAUCCAACAUGCCACCAUUUCAAUCAGGAAACUGCAACAAGUACAAGCUGCAGCCUGAUCAUUGGAUUUUCUGCUGGGCAAAUUCAGUUGAUUGAUCCAUUUCAUAAGGAAUACCAGGCUAGUCGCCUGUAUAACGAAGAACGAUUUAUUGAUAAAACUGGCGUGACUUGUUUACGUUGGGUACCA